AUAUACUGAUUUGUACGAGUAGUAACUAAGCUAACUUCCCCUAUAUAUAUGUGUAUGUAAAUAUCACAAGCUAGCUAGCUAGCUAUAUUUGUAUAUAUAUACAAUUGAGAACUAAUUAACAAUGAUAAAAAUUAUACUAGUUAUCUUUGCAUGCUUGGUUCUGCUUUUGAGCUCUUGCUCCCCCGCGGCGGUGAAGGGCAAAUAUUACUCCAAGAGCGUAACAGUCGAUGCUCCAACCACCGUAAAGAAAACCAAUCUCCAUUUCUUCAUGCACGACAUCCUUUCAGGCAACAACCCUACGGCUGUCCUCGUGGCAGCACCAAACGGAACAGUUGUCCAAGAAGGCAACGUAGGCCCGUUUGGAGCAGUUUACGUGUUUGAUGACCCACUCACGGUGACCUCCGACCCAAAGUCAGAGGUUAUUGGUACUGGACGUGGGUUGUACGCUUCAGUAAGUCGUCAAGUACCGACGGAGUGGACCUUGCUGUUCAAUGCCGAUUUGGAGUUUACGAGUGGGGAGUUUAAUGGGAGUUCCAUAUGCCUGUUUUCAAGAGAUCUUUUGGUGUUGGAAAAGAAAGAGUUAUCUAUAGUUGGUGGCAGAGGCAAGUUUAGGAUGGCAAAUGGGUUUAUCAUGGCUAAUGUCAUAUCCUUUAAUGCUACAAGUGGUGAUGUCAUUCUUGAAUUUCAUGUAACCGUUUUUCACCAAUGAAAAAGUGCUAUGGAUAAUUGGAUAUAUAUAUACAGGGUACGUUGUGGAAGAGUAGGAAUAAUACUCUCUAAUUAUAUCCUUUAAUUAGCUUCUAUGUUUUUAUCAAUGAAUAAUGGGUUGGAUUAUUAGAAACUUAA